AUGGAGCCUAGCAAUACUAAUCGGAAGUUUCAACUUGAGAUUGUCCAACAACCUAUUCAUGCAAGGAUGAGCGGAUUUGGAGAGGAUAAGGGCAGAAGACCAAUCUCCCCAUUACCGUUUGUACGCUUACGAAUCCUUGAUGGAAGUAAACCAAUUAAUAUCGAUACGAUUGACGCUGGUCUCUUCAUCCUACAAGCUAGCUUGCACGAUUCUCAAACAGGUCUCGAUGUUACAUCGGUGAACCUCAUCGGAGAAAAAUUCGCAAAUGGCCAAAAGUUGGAAGAUACUUCAGGAAAUCUCGAUAUAUGGUUCGUUUACAAGGAUUUGAGCGUUAGGUCGGAAGGACAAUUCUUUUUUGAAUUUAAUAUGAUAUGCAUUGGCUGGUAA